AUGGUUGUAGCUUUAGGUCCGGGCAAAUUCUACGGCAAGAGCCUUCCAAGGCCACGGAUCUACACCGACGUCAAGUUCAACGAGGAGCGGGUCGACCCGCCGGUGCCUGUCUUCGAUCCUCUCAUGUCGUGGGCCGAGGAGGCGCACUGGUCCAUGGGCGGCCUCAGCUUCAAGCGCCACCGCCUCCAGGGCCGGAUCGAGGGCAAUAUCAGCAAGAUACGGGCGGAGCACGAGAAGCAGGUUAAGAAACUCAAGAAGAACUCCCCCUCUAAAUCUUCUUCCCCUGUCUUCUACACCCCCUCACCUCCUCCUGCUCCCAUCGCCGUGAAGCGAAAGCGGCGCUUGAUUGACGAGGAAGAGGGCGACGAAGCUCCGAGAGGAAGCAAAAUGUGGCCGGUGAGGAAACUAGGCGAUGAUUUUGAUAGAGUUGCGUAUGAAAGCGGAUUGAUCGACAGUGGCUCGGAGGAGACGGUUGCGGCGCGGACGAGGGGCCGGAAGGCGGAGAAAGCAGCGGUGGAGGCGGAGGUUGUUACGAAGGUUAAGUCUAAGGGCUUGAAGAGGCUGAAGAAGGGCAUCAAAAAAAGCGUCAACAGAUCUUCCCCAAGAUUGGCUAAGCGUGAGUCACCUUGA